GAGGCCACAUCCACAGAAGAGACAGAUAGUUGAAGAAGGGAAAGAGUGACACUGGAUUGUAUUGUAGUCGUUGCUUGCUCUUACUAUCUACAAUUCGUUUGCAUUAGCCUCGUAUUCUCCAAAAGGUGGUAGGAGAAAUGCAGUCGCCAGUUAAACAGAAUUUCCACCCAGACAGUGAGGCUGAGAUAAACAAGCUCAUCAACAUAAAGCUGACGGCGUCCUACACCUACCUCUCUCUGGGCAUGUUUUUUGACAGGGAUGAUGUAGCUCUCCCCAGUUUCUCGCGGUAUUUCCUCGAACGCUCUGUGAAAGAGAGAGAUCAGGCGGAGAGACUGCUGGGAUACCAGAACAUGAGAGGUGGUCAAGUCGUGCUGCAGACAAUUGCGAAGCCUAGCAGGGAGGACUGGAAGGGUGGACUGGAUGCACUCACUUUCUCCCUGCAGUAUCAAAAGGCUCUCAAUCAGUCUCUCCUUGAGGUGCACCGCACCGCCAGCACCCAGACCGACCCCCAUCUGUGUGACUUCCUGGAGCAGCACUUCCUGUCAGACAGCCAUGAUGUCAUCAAGCAACUGGGCGAUUAUGUCGGCAGCCUGACACGCCUCACUUCCUCUGCAACCCAUGGCAACAUGGGAGAGUACCUGUUCGACAAGCACACUCUGUGACCUGACAGAGUGAAAAACCGUCUUCUCCUUGAAAUACCAGCCCUAGUUAGUCAGAGAAAGAAGCAUUCUGGUAGAUUGGAAUCUUGUUCUCAUAAUAACUCUAGGACAUACCUCAACCAAUACCUCUGAUGUUUACAGUAAUGUGUAAUCAACAUGGAUUUAACUUUUGGGAUAAUUAAACAUUUAUAAUAAAUUGUGUGUGCACAGUAUUUGUGUGUACACAGUUGUAUUGUGGGUGUGUUUUCAUCUUCUUGGUGCUGUUUGCAUCUGGUUACAUUACUCCACUGGGUCCAGUUUCUACAGGUCAGAAUGGUCCAACUCUUUAUAAGCUCCUUUUGUAACCAUGUUAUUGCCAGACUAUAACUUGGAAUGAUCUGUGACCAACAGUUGAUGAAGCUGAUUCAAAUAAACUGAU